UCACAUCUUUCAUAGGUCCAAAAAUAAUAUAAAGAAUGAUAUCCACAAUUCACAGUUCUAGAUAUCAAAAUUAACUCAUUUGAUAAAUUAUCAAUAUGGGUAUAAUUGAAAAUUACGUAACUAAUUUGAUUCUCACUUGAAUGGUAAUGAUCAUUCCUUAUCAAUUCACUUGGAAUGCUCAUUCCCAUAAAAAGUGGGAAUGGUCAUUCCAUCUUUUAAAAAAUAUGUACGUUUGGUAUCGGGGAAUGAAAAGUUAGAAUGACCAUUUCAUUCCACCUCAUUCCCGCGUACCAAACGAGGCGUGAGAGUUUGUGGGGUGCAAUAAUGCAAUCAAGCUAAUAUCUAAAGUUGUUUCAAGGAAAUUUAUCAUUAGAGAUACUAAUAGAUUUCAUCUUUUUUCACAAGGAUCUUGUUCUUGUGGGGAUUAUUGGUGAUUACAGCCAAAACUUAAAUUUUUUUUUGUUUGGAUAUUCUAGUUUUUUUUGGAUAGCCUGUUGUUUGAGCCAUAGAUUGAUAGCAUCGGUUGUUUAGUUUAUUUUGUUGAAUUUAUUGGAAGUGAAUGUCUGGAUGCAUAAACUUUUGAAUGUAUUAUCCACUUAUUCAGUGGGAUGCUCCCAAAGCAUGCUAAGCAAAAGACUUCUUCAUCCUCUAAGUUCUCAAUUAUUACGUCUGGAAGUUAUUAGUCUCCUUCCUAAUUGACAAUUGAAGUCAUUUCCUUGUGCAUAUUAAUUGCUGGGAAAAUGCAAAAUCAGCCGACAAUCUGGAAGAAUUACUGAUCCCGGUUCACCAGCUAGUUGCUUGACUGAAACUCUUUCUCCAAAAUAUUAAUUUUAAAUGAAGAAAAAAAAUUACUUUCUAGAACUUUCCAACAGUUAAUCAUAUAAAACAGGAUUAUUCCAUAAUUAACCUUUGAUUUUUUCAAAGUCUGCCAUGAUACAUACUGGUCUUCUCUGUGGAAAUUUAGUAGGGGUGUUCUCCCUGGAAAUUUAGUCCUCCAGCACUAUAAAUAUGCACGCUCAUUGCUGGCCUUCAGCAGCAAAAUAACCAAAAAAAAAAGGAUGGCCAAAAUACUACCAACUCUCGUGAUUUCUCUUAUUUUAGUCCAAAUGAUCUCAAAUGUAGCUUGUCUCCGAAUCAAUCUCACCCACAUUGACUCCGAGCUCAACCUGACCAAAUCCGAGAUCCUCGAACGAGCCAUUCGUCGCACCAAACACAAAAUUAUGAGCCUAGCAUCAACCGAAACCCAAAUCCAAACCCCAUUGAUGUUUUCCAGCAAUUCCUAUUCAAUGGAUUUCUCAAUUGGAUCCCCAUCAGUUCCCUUAACUUGGCUCAUGGACACCGGCAGCAACCUAAUCUGGACAGAUUGCAAAACUUCAUUUAACCCCUCGAAUUCUUCAACUUUCACAAAACUACCCUGCACAAAUCCCCUUUGUCAAUCUCUUCCUUUUCGACCAACUUGUGCGCCAGACUGCGACUAUACAUACUCUUAUGUUGACAACUUAACUGUCCAAGGUGUGCUUGCUAGCGAAACAUUCGCAUUCGGGUCCAAUAGCCCAGUAUCAGUACCGGGUAUCGGGUUCGGGUGCAACAUGCGCUCCCGAGGCCUGUUACCCAACGCUGCGGGGUUAGCAGGAUUAGCAAGAGGCAAGUUGUCGUUAGUGUCACAACUUGGCGCAACGAAAUUCUCAUAUUGCUUAACUUCUUAUGGUGAAUCAAAAUCAAGUCCUCUUUUAUUAGGUUCAUCAGCCAUUUUAUCUGGCUCAGUCCAAUCUACUCCAUUUGUUACUAAUCCAAAUCGACCUGUUCUCUAUUAUUUAUCACUAAAAGGGAUCAGCGUCGGGUCUAAACUUCUAGCAAUCGAUAGUUCAGUUUUCGCGUUGGAUUCUGAUGGUAACGGCGGUUUUGUUAUUGACUCGGGCACAACUGUAACGUAUUUAAAUAACAAAGGUUAUCAAGUAAUGAAGCAAGAGUUUGAAGCACAGGUGAAUUUAUCGGUUGCUGACUCAUCCGCGACAUUGUUUGAUCUGUGUUUCUCUUUGCCUAGCGAUCAAAAUGCGGCUGUGAUUGUUCCUGAACUAGUUUUUCACUUUGAGGGUGCUGAUAUGCAAAUUCCUGGGACUAAUUAUUUUACUGGGGUUUCGAAUACGAAUCUUUUGUGUUUGGCUAUUUUACCGACGGAUGGAAUCUCUACUUUGGGGAACUUUCAGCAGCAGAACAUGCACAUACUGUAUGAUGUUGGUGCUGAAAAGUUGUCAUUUGUGCAGGCUCAAUGUGAUCAGGUUUGAUUACUUUUAGAACCAUAGGUUGUUGCUUUUGCUGUGAUUUAUAAGAAUAAAGUAUGGGGAGAAAUAAAGAGUGUACGAGUGUUAUGAUGUAUUGAGCUUGAGAUGUAUUAUUUAUAUGUAACAGUCUUUUCCUUUGGGAAAUAUA